AGCGUCUCGCUGUCAGAGGAGCGCAUGCGGAGGCCGACCUGUGGCCAAUCACCCGGCGGACUGUUGGAGGGCAAAGUUUACGCAGCAACCUAAAUAUCCAACUCCUCUAUCUCCAGAGGACACGCGCACAGGCUGCUGCUGCUGUGUGUGUGUGUGUGUGUGCUUUAACCGGCGCGUGCGUGGGUCUCGUGCAGCAUGUAGCCAGGACUGUGGACAGCUGCUAUAUGCCGGUUCUCUCUCGCUCUGCCCUGGCCCUCUGCGUGCUCCCCCCCGGUCCCCGUCCCCGUCCCCGGUCCCGCUGCCCACCGAUCCGAGCCCCCCGCCCCCGCGGUGACCCGCCGGAGCCAUGGGUGGGAGUCUGGGCUGCCACCGCUCCAUCCCCAAGGACCCCACGGACUUCAGCUGCGGCAAGCGCAAAUUCAGCGCCGCGUGUAACUUCGGACACAUCCUGGUUAACCAGGAGCGGCUGAACAUCAACACGGCCACCGAGGAGGAACUCAUGACUCUCCCGGGAGUCAACCGCGUCGUUGCGCAGAACAUCGUGGAGUACCGGGACUGCAUCGGCGGGUUCAAGAAGGUGGAGGACCUGGCUCUGGUGUGCGGCAUCGGGGCCACCAAGCUGGAGGUGAUCAAACUGGAAAUCUGCGUCUCCAGCAGGACCAGCUCGUCGCAGCAUUCCCCGUCGUCGCUGCGCAAAGAUCUGGAUCACCAGCCGUGCACCGGGAUGAACAUCAACACCGCGACCCCGGCGCAGCUCAUGAGCAUCCGAGGCAUCACGGAGAAGAUAGCCAAGAACAUCGUGUCCUACCGGGCGCAGCACGGCGCCUUCAGGAGCAUCGAGGACCUGGUGCGGGUCCACCACAUCAACAGCUCCCUGCUGGACAAGAUCCGCUUCCAGGUGUUCGUGGAGCGCUCCAGGGCGCCGUCCACCAACACCAAUGGAGGGCUCACCUGCACCACCAAGUCCCACCCGAGUCCGACUUCGUUCAGUCUCACGAGCGACGACCUGGACUUCCCGCCCGGAGGACCGACCCACGUCGUGUCCGUGCGGCCCGACGCGGAGCCCCCGUGCGGGCUGCGGGACGGGAAGCCCGUGGUGCGCGUGGCCACCUGGAGCCUGCAGGGCUGCUCCUGCGACAAGGCCAACAACCCGGGGGUCAAGGAGGUCGUGUGCAUGACCCUGCUGGAGAAUAACAUCAAGCUGCUGGCCGUGCAGGACCUGCUGGAGCGGGAGGCUCUUGAGAAGUUCUGUGUGGAGUUGAACCAGGGAACGCUGGCCAGCAUACGCAAGUGGAAAUGGCCACGAGGGCUGUGGAAAAGUGUCGUGUCUGAAAAACCAACUGGACACUCCAGCAAGGGAGCGAGCUACUCUGGCUUUCUGUGGGACACGUCGUCCGGUAUUGACCUGAAGGACGCUGCAGUCCUGGAGUCUCCGGUCGUCAAUGGCAACGGAAAUCAUGCCUCCCCCCGACUCUACCUGGCUCACUUCUCUGUGGGUUCAUACGAGCUGUCGGUGGUGAACGUCCACAUGCAGGCCAGAGCCGCACCGGGAGAGUCCAACGGCAAGAACCACAACACGGACGAGGCCAAGUGUCCGCACCUCCCCCCCAGCAUCCAGGAAACACUCAAAGCUGAGAAGGAGCUGCUGGUGCUGGGAGACUUUGGCUCGCCCGCUCAGAGCUCCGAGCUGGACGUCCUGAGGAAGGAGAAGCUCUGUGCCCUGGUGCCGUCCUCCCAGUUCACCAACAUCAGCACCCGCUCGCCACAGGGCACCCGCUGUCUGGACAACAUCUGGCUGAGCCGCUCCCUCAAGAAGAUCUAUUCUGGCCACUGCACGGUGGUGCGGGAGGGCUUGACCAACCCCUGGAUCCCGGACAACUGGUCGUGGAGCGGCGUGGCGUCGGACCACUGCCCCGUGGUGGCCGAGUUCUACGCAGACGUACCCCCGAAGGAGAUGAGCAGGCCCGGCAUGUCCGUGGUGGACAGAGGGGACGUGAUACCCAAACACGAGCGGUGACCACGUCCGCCCACACGGG